AUGACGACUGCAAUUUUACGACAACGACAUGGAAACAAUACACGUGACAAAACCGAUGUGGAAUUACGUGUUAUUGGAGCUGGGUUACCACGCACGGGAACGCUAUCAUUGAAAACUGCACUUGAAAUUCUCGGUUUCGGUCCUUGUCAUCAUAUGGUUGAUUUGAUGAGAGAACCUGAUCGAAUAAUUGGAUUUAUUCAAGCAUAUGAUGGUGAAAAUGUUGAUUUUCGCCAAUUGUUGAAAGGUUAUCGGUCAACUGUCGAUGCACCAACAGUUGAUUUCUACAAAGAAAUUCAACAAGCGUAA